UCGUUCAUUCUUGUCCCGUUCUCAUCAAUUUUUUCUUUAGCUUGGAUGAUUGGAUGUGUUCAAAAAUUACAAUUUGUGAAUUAAAUGUUUAUCAUCUUUGUUUGUGCUAGUUUAUUGAAUUCAUCCAAUCGACGUAGUGUUAAAAAUUUAUUUGGUUGUAGUGGAGUACAAAAUAUAUAGAUUGAAUUCAAAAUCAAUAACAUUAACAGUGUUGUUUACAUGAAUGGGAACUUCUGACACUAUGGCGUCGACUACGAUGAUCGAGACAGUCACGAUAACUCGCCCGCUGAAGGUGAUCGCACUGAUCUGCGGGCUGCUGGUUGUCGUACUGAUGGUGCUGGGGUUGGCUUCCGCGGACUGGCUGAUGGCGGCGGGCUGGCGGCAAGGUCUCUUCAUGCACUGCAUCGAUCCGGAUGCGCCCACUCCGCUGCCCUUCGAUAUAGUCGCCCAGCCAGGAUGUUAUGCUGCGAGACCCGCAUCGUACAUUAAGGCGGCGGCGGGGUUGUGUGUGGCGACACUGGCGGCGGACGUGUGCGGUGCGCUGCUCACCGGGCUCGGCCUGCGCUCAGCUGACCACCGCACCAAGUUCCGAUACUAUCGCUUCGCUGUACUCGCUAUGGCUCUCGCAUUGAUGUGCAUCUUGAUUGCGUUGGUGAUUUACCCUGUAUGCUUUGCUGCGGAAUUGAAUCUGGGUAAUAGAUCGGUGUGGGAGUUCGGUUGGGCGUACGGUGUUGGUUGGGGCGCGGCCAUCUUUCUUUUCGGAGCUGUCGUCCUGUUGUUGUGUGACAAGGAGAGCGAGGAGCUCUACUACAAGGAACGAAAAAAGGUGAGCCCGGCCGCGGCGAGGCUCAUGUAGACGACGCUUGCAGCCGCCGCCGCGCCAACCGUAUACGGCCAUUUAAUACGACACUAGCCUACCGACAAACUUAUUUAUCCCACUGACCUCUAUACAUGGACAGGCAAUAAACACUGCUAUUUUGUGCCUAUUUGGUUUACACCAUUUGGCGCUGAAGGCAGCGAUUGGUAUUAGAGUUAACUGUCAGUAACUUCGACAGUCAUGUUAAAGUUAGAACGAAGCAAAAGUUUUUCCAAUUAGAUAGAGAUCAGUGUUUGAUUCGGUGGGCAUUAGUGAUACUAAAUUUCAAUAGCUCACUAGUGCCCCACUGGCAAUGAUAAAAAGUGUCACAAGAUCUUUGUCCGACUGUCUAGACCGACAAACUUAUCUGACCCAAUAUAUAUAAGUGAAAUUAAAUUACAAUAGCUUAUUAGCCCUGUCAAUGUCAAAAAAUGUCAGAAGAUACUUGUCAGACUGUAGUUGUCUUCUCUUGUGUGUCAUGUCAUGCCUAAGUAAGUUUUUAAAUUUUUAGAACUAAACACGUCAAAGGCGUCGGAUAAGUUUGUCUUACUAAUUUCUAUAUAAUUUAUAUAGGUUUUUGAAUGUAUUAAGAAUAGAAUUGAGAUUUUGUGAUUGCUGUGUAAUUAGUUUAUAAGGUUGGUAUCUAUGAAAAUACUCGCACAGAUGUUUCAAACUGUGACAAAACAUGUAUUUUUUUUAAUCAAAUGUAUAAAGCAAGUUUAAGACACGUGUUAUUUGUAAUAGUAAAUCACACUGCCAUGUAUUAAAUAAUCAAAUUUUAAUUGAUUUAAUCCGAUUUUUAAAUUAUAUUCUCGUUAUAAUAAUAAUUGUAAGUGUAAAUUUUAAAUAGCAAUCACCCCCGUGUUACACUGAACAGUGUAUUUAUUAGCUAGUUACUUUCGUGCACUAUACAUUUGUAAAUUCUUUGACAAUUCUAAUAGUUUAAAUACACAUUUGUAUUUUUGAAUCAUGUCAAUAUUGCUUGUUUUUUGAAACUUAUUUACUUAUUACGGUUCAGAGAAGUAUUGGCCAGUAAACCAUUUUUUUUGUCAAAUCAUUUGACAAUUUUGUCUAUACGUCAAAUGUUUAAUCAAACAAAUUUGACAAAAAGUUUGACCGUUUAUAAGGUAUUCAAUAUUCUUUAUCGAUCCGUUGACCGUACUCCAUAGCUUCGUUACAAUCUACUUGUACGUUAGUAUUAUUUUCUAUAAUCAUGGAUCAUAUUUAAAAAUAUUGAGGGUUUCAACUGGUUGAAAUUUUUUAUUUUUUUACUCUGACAUUUUUGGUCAUGUUUUUUUUAUAGUCGAACCAGAAUAAGACCAAGUGACCGCAAAUUUACUCGCUUAUAAACGUUUCAUACCCGUUUCUCAUUUGUAGGAAUUCGGAUAAUGAUUCUCGCUUAUAAAGGUUUCUAGCCUAUUCAGUCUUGUAUGAAAACCCUAUUGGAAGUUUUUUUUUUCCACUGGAACUUAUGUAGUUUUUAUUACGCAGUGUUAUGUAUGUUGAUGUAACGAGGUUAUGUUUCAAUCUGCUAUUGUCGCUGUUGUCAUUUUCUAUAUUAAAUUGUCCAUUUCGUAGCCAAAUUAUGAGUCAUAUCAAUGAGAUUGAAUUAAAUAAUUAGUAAGUAA